AUGCCAGCCAGACACAGGGACACCACCAGCUCAGGACGCGAGAACCACAGGAUGAAGGGCACAGGCGCAGGACUACCUGAACACAUCCAAACCAACAAUGCGGCGGGAGGACCAACACCUUCUCAGACACUCGUCUUCCUGACCACUCGUAGGGAUGCGACGUUCAGCUCCAACUUACUGAUCAAAGCCUACCUCAAGAACCCGGCGAACCCAGUACCGUUUCCGUUACUACUAAUGAAGACGGGCUGGGGGACCAGCGUCCCAAGGAAGCUCGUCAGCGGGGGCACGUUGUCGACCCCAAAGCCAAGCCGGGCUGGGAUGAAUGUUUCUGAGCGCAGCUUGCCUCCUCGGCUCAACGGGCCUCUCCUGCGAAUCCGCUCCAACAACAACCACAACUCCCGGCGAGUUGACUCCCUCUUUUAUGGCCCCGUGGACCCUGUCCUGGUUGACCCUUCCGUCAAUCAUUAUUACACCUUCCCCGCACUCGAAGAGGCCCUCAUGGCCCCCCUAAAUUGCUACGAAUGCAAGCUUUUCGACCCUGUCAUCCUUCAAUCCUCUUUGUCCAUCUAA